UCCCCACAUUUUCCCAUUCAUCAUCUCUCUCCUUCUCUCUCUCUCUCUCGAAACCACCCUCCGUUCUCGAAACCCUCCGAUCUGAGAAAAAUGCGUGAGAUCCUUCACAUCCAGGGGGGGCAAUGCGGGAACCAGAUCGGAAGCAAGUUCUGGGAGGUGGUGUGCGCGGAGCACGGUAUAGACCCAACGGGGAUGUACCAGGGUGGAUCUGAGCUUCAGCUCGAGAGGAUUGAUGUAUACUACAAUGAGGCAAACGGUGGGAGGUACGUGCCUCGCGCUGUUCUCAUGGAUCUUGAGCCCGGUACCAUGGACAGCGUCAGGACCGGACCCUACGGCCAAAUCUUCAGGCCGGACAACUUUGUUUUCGGUCAAUCUGGCGCCGGGAACAACUGGGCUAAAGGCCAUUACACCGAGGGUGCAGAGCUCAUCGAUUCCGUGCUCGAUGUGGUCCGUAAGGAGGCAGAGAAUUGCGAUUGCUUGCAAGGAUUCCAGGUGUGUCAUUCGUUGGGUGGAGGAACUGGAUCUGGGAUGGGGACCCUUUUGAUUUCGAAGAUCAGGGAGGAAUACCCAGAUCGAAUGAUGCUCACUUUCUCCGUCUUCCCUUCCCCGAAGGUCUCCGAUACCGUCGUUGAGCCGUACAAUGCAACCUUGUCGGUCCACCAGCUCGUUGAGAAUGCCGACGAGUGCAUGGUUCUUGAUAAUGAAGCUCUUUACGACAUUUGCUUCCGCACCCUCAAGCUCACAACCCCAAGCUUUGGGGAUCUGAACCAUUUGAUUUCUGCAACAAUGUCUGGGGUCACAUGCUGUUUGAGGUUCCCUGGCCAGCUUAACUCCGAUCUUAGAAAGCUCGCUGUUAAUUUAAUCCCCUUCCCUAGGCUCCACUUUUUCAUGGUGGGUUUCGCUCCUUUGACAUCCCGUGGUUCCCAGCAGUACAGAGCCCUGAGCGUGCCAGAGCUCACCCAGCAAAUGUGGGAUUCAAAGAACAUGAUGUGCGCAGCCGACCCACGACACGGCCGAUAUCUCACGGCCUCAGCUAUGUUCCGUGGGAAAAUGAGCACCAAGGAAGUGGAUGAGCAAAUGAUCAAUGUCCAAAACAAGAAUUCUUCCUACUUCGUGGAAUGGAUUCCUAACAACGUGAAAUCCACUGUCUGUGAUAUCGCACCAACAGGGUUGAAAAUGGCAUCCACUUUCAUCGGUAACUCCACUUCCAUCCAGGAGAUGUUCCGUCGUGUGAGCGAGCAGUUCACGGCAAUGUUCAGGAGAAAGGCCUUCUUGCAUUGGUACACAGGGGAAGGUAUGGACGAAAUGGAGUUCACGGAAGCGGAGAGCAACAUGAACGACCUGGUCUCGGAGUAUCAACAGUACCAAGAUGCGACAGCCGAUGAGGAUGAGUACGAGGAGGAAGAGGAGGAAGAGAUGAAUGACAUGUGAUGUUUGUGAGUGAUGUAUGGGUGUAAAAUGCCGCAACUCCCGGUUGCCGGUCUCUGGCAAAGGGGGUGGAGUAUUCCGGUGAGCUGCAGGCCACAUAUUACUGUCAAUUUUAUGUUUUGUUUCUGGGUUUGGGUUCUUCCUUGUGAAACAAGUGCCAUCAUGUAUGUUCAUAUGAGAUUUCAAGUGGACGACUUGAUUUGUUUUGCUCUUAUGUUGUUCAAUCUCCAAUUAACUGGAAAUUUUUUCUUUAUUUUAGAAGCACCUAUACCCUAA